CUGUAGUGGAGCGCCAACUGCCAAGUGGUUUCUGAAGCACCACACUUUCCAAUUAUUUUUGGUUGCAUCUUAUUUCCUAAUCCUAUGUUUGUAAAUUGUAAUGGGAUUAAUCCCACUCUAUCACUCUGUCUUCUUACCAAGUGAUCGAUUAUGGAUUCUCUUCGAUGUAAUUUCACACCAUACUUAAAUUGUCGUAAACCCUGUAAAACUGCAGUACAAUUCUCCCCCUACUUAAUUAACUUCAUUCCCCUCACACAUUCAUCAGUAUUAUCAUCAUCAUCUUCUUCUUUUUCUUCAACAUGCAAGUUCUCUAGUAAGAGGUUAUUCAAUUCUUCUUCUCAAAAUCACAGGUUGAGGAAGGUUUUAUCAGCUAUGGUUUCUGAAGAAAGUGCAACUGGUUCUGGGUCUGUAUCUUCACUUAGUGAUGGAUUCAAACUCACUUAUUUAGAGGGGAAUAGUUGGUUGUGGGAAGUAGGUGGUUUGAAGCUAUUGGUGGAUCCAAUUUUGGUGGGUAAUCUGGAUUUUGGCAUUCCAUGGCUCUAUGAUGCUGCAAAGAAAUUCUUGAAGAACUUUCAGCUUACUGAUAUUCCUGACGUGGACUGUCUUCUAAUUACACAAAGCCUGGAUGAUCAUUGCCAUAUGAAAACCUUGAAGCCGCUCUCUGAAAAGUUCCCUAAUUUGAGAGUAGUAGCAACUCCUAAUGCCCAGGCAAAUCUGGAUCCUCUUUUUAGCAAGGUGACGUAUCUCGAACCCGGCCAAAACACUGAGGUUGAGGGAAGAAAUGGUUCUAAAGUUGGAAUUCGUGCGACUGCUGGGCCAAUUCUUGGUCCACCUUGGCAGCGGCCUGAAAAUGGAUACAUAGUAUCUUCUUCUGAAUGUCAGUCGACACUAUACUAUGAACCUCACUGCGUCUACAAUGAGGGGUCCCUGAAGGAGGAGCAGGCAGAUAUUGUCAUUACCCCAGUCAUUAAGCAGCUUCUACCAAAUUUUACGCUAGUUUCUGGGCAAGACGAUGCAGUUAAACUUGCGAAAUUGCUGUGUGCCAAGUUUGUUGUUUCAAUGAAUAAUGGAGACCUUGAGAGCAAAGGGCUUCUUGCAAGUAUAAUUCAACGUGUAGGAACCAUAGAAUCUUUUAAGGAGCUUUUAUCAAAGGAAUUGCCUAAUGCCAAGGUGCUAGAGCCAAUUCCUGGUGUAGCAUUAGAGAUACCUGCAGUGGAACUAUCUGAACACGAGAUAUUGUAACUAACUGGAUCAUACAAGGAAUACUGUAAAUCACUCGACACCAUAUUUAUCAUACAAUAAGAAUAUUAGCUAUAUAUUAACAUUUUUUGUUGUA